UCGAUGUUGCAGAAUCUUCCGCUUAAUUGAGUUAUCAAAAAAUUUUUGUGGGCAAUAAAUUUUUGGAUCGGUUUUAGUAAUAACUGACUGAUUUCCAAACUUUAGGAACAUGGCCACGUAUUUCCAAAGGAACAGAUAUUAUAAGAAUUCGGCCGUCACUGCUUUGCGUAUGAUUUUUAUGUUGAGCACAGUUUUGCCAGCCGUUACAUGUCUGCGCUGUUAUUCCUGCGAUGGGUGCGAUGAUCCGUUUUACCCGGCGUUAGACUAUAUCCAGGACUGUAACGUCGAUGCUGCGUUGGAUGCAGUGCAAACCCAGAACAAUGCAGCUAUGACGGAUCUACGUAGCACUGCACUUUCCCGUUUCGGGAAAGAUAGGGGACAGUUACAGCAACAAAACGAUGCGCAACGCACACCUGUCUGCGUGAAAGUCUCUUCUGUUGAUGGUAAAAGAACCAUACAACGUGGCUGCGGUACAAAGAAUAUCGCCAUUACAGGCUGCCAGUUUCUUCAGACCCAGAAAUCAUUCGUUUGCUCCUGCUCGCAAGAUCUCUGCAACUCCGGCGACCACUGUCAGUUUCGUCUGAACUCAAUAACUUUGUGGCUGUUUAUUGGGUUAUUAAUUUGCAUGCACAGAUUUGCAUGAGCGUAAAAACAGCAGCACUUUCCUCUCCUGAUUCAUUUGUCCAUCUUAUAUUUUGAUUACGCUUACUGCGGGAACAAUAAAAAAGGGAUAAAAAGGUAACACAUCUCUCUUCAAAUUUACAAAAUAAAAUUC